AUGUAGAGCUUUCUAAAUAUAAAUAAUAAUCAAGGAUGUUUGAUAAUAUACAUUUUUAAACAGAAUAAUAAAAUUAUAAUUCAAUAAAUGAUGAUUAUGAUUAUUGUUAUUCAGAUGAUGAACAACUAAAUGAAAGAAGCAAAAGUUAUGUUUAUAGAAAUUAUUUUUACAGAAAUAAAAGCAGACGUAUAAGAAGCAGAAGUAGUAGUAGAAGUAUAAGCAGAAGAAGAAGUAGAAGUAUAAGCAGAAGCAGAAGUAGAAGUAUAAGCAGAAGCAGAAGUAGAAGUAUAAGUAUAAGCAGAGGUAGUAGCAUAAGCAGUAGCAGAAGUAGAAGCAUAAGCAGAAUUAGAAGAAUAAGCAGAAGUAGAAGCAUUAGCAGAAGUUCUAGGAGUAGAAAUAGUUCUGCAGAAGGAAACAUAAAAAGAUUAAAUAAUAAUGAAAGAAUCUAAGAUGUUGACAUUAGCUCUGAAAGUGAAAUGGCUGAUGAGUAUAAACAUAUUAAAGAUAAAAGGGAUUCAAGUAAUUGUGAUAAUAAUUAAAGUGAUUAUGAAUUUAAUGAGUAAGAAAUAAUUAAUGUGUUUGAGGAUUCUAAUAAAUACGAAUAAGAUCAUGAUUAUGGAUAAUAAAUUAAUUAGGAAAAACUAUCAGGAGAAGUUUAAAAAUAGAAAGAGAAAAGCUUAAAGAAGAAAUAAAGUAAAUAAGAUAUUAGGAUCAAAGAACUCAAGCAAAAAAUUGAUUAUUACAAAUUUAACAAGGAGUAAUACUUAAAUAUAUUGA